GGUAAAAUGGCUCCACCCACCAACGGUUCGUCCCGAGAUAUUAGUCGAGCGCCCACUUUGCUGGAAGCCAGGCGCUGACAGGACAGUUCAGCUAGCUUGUUAACAGGUAAAUAACAGUCGGGUCAGUAAUGGCGGAGAACAGCGGUAACAUGAACAUUAACCCGGCCAACCUUCCACCGGGAGACCCGCAGCUUAUCGCCAUGAUUGUGGAGCAUUUAAAGAACCGAGGGCUUUUCGAUGAAUUCCGCAGGGACUGUUUAGCUGAUGUCGACACGAAGCCCGCCUACCAGAACCUGCGGCAAAAAGUUGACAACUUUGUGUCUUCGCACCUCAGUACGCAGGACUGGAACCCGUCCAUCAACAAGAACCAGAUGAGGAACGGACUCAGACAAAGUGUUGUUCAAUCAGGAAUGCUGGAGUCUGGUGUGGACAGGAUUAUUACUCAGGUCGUGGACCCCAAGAUGAACCACACCUUCAGGCCUCAAAUAGAGACUGCUGUUCAUGAAUUUCUCUCCUUGGAUGGGAAAGAGGAGAACACCUCAAGUCUGAACUCUGCAUCAUCUGAGCAAACAGAACCACAGGAGCCCCCAGGUGUCUCUGGCCCCAAAACCCCCAAGAUGAAGGUAAACGUGUCCGCGGUGAUGUUUUUACUGUUGGGCUUUAAUCAGCUGCUGGCCAUGGAGCUGCAUGAUCAUAUCCUGGAGAAACAGGGGGGCCAGGUGAAAAGGCGCCUCUCCCUGCAUAGCACAGCUGAAAUCCAGAGCUGCCUGGUGAGUUCAGGGGAUGUCGGCUGUGGGAUGUUUCAGUGUUUCAGCAACAACUCCUGUGAGAUCCACGGCCUUCACCACAUAUGCCUCACUCUGCUGCACAACGCAGGACGCUACGACUCCCAGGGUAAAUCAUAUGUAAAGGACGCACUUCGAUGCAUGGCGCUUGGACUGCGUCGGCGUUUCAGCUGCGUGAGCCGCCGCUGCUCUGCAGUGAAGGAGAUGGUGUUCUCACUCCAGAGAGAGUGCUACUCCAAACACCACCUCUGCCUUGCUGUGCGGGAUCACCUGGACACCAUGGGGAACCUGGUCCAGUUCCAACUUAUGUUUCCUGCAGGGCCGUACGUCGAACUAAUGAACUUCCUGUUAAAGUGUGGCGGCGAGAUCAGAACCUGGGUCGGACGCCGUCUACGGGGACAGUGUGAGCAACACUGGGGGGGCUCUGCAGCACCUUUAUAAACACCUGCCCUCACAGUCAAUCUGACCCCACCAGUCCACCCCCCUUCGUCACCGGACCCGUCACCCCAGUGGACCCUCUGCAGCAUCCUACCAGCGAGGUUGAUCGAGAAGACAUGACCUCUGACAGGCUGACAGACCGCACCACCAAAUCUGAUCUCACUGCGUCUUGAAGCCUCUUAUAUCACGAGUUACACAGGUGCACCCAGGGUACACAAACAUUAAGCACUUAUAUUAUCCGUAGAAUAAGAAAAAAAAGUUAUGUAAGAUGGGUUUUCUGUUUAGUGUUGUCAGUGAAAGCAAUGUAGCAAUAUUUAUUUAGUGUGUGGGUGUUAUAAGUAGAUUUAUAUUUUUUCAGAACAGUUAUAGGACAGAAAGCCAUUAAUCUACCUCGCUCCAGUAUUACUUUUUUCUUCAGAGUGGCACACUAACUCGUUAACACAGGGACAAUUUGUUUUUAGCUAAUGAGCAACUGAUGGCUAAAUAUUACGUUUCUUUUUGUGUUUAUUAGCAACUUGUGCAUCAUGUAUACAACUAAUGUACAGGCAUUUAAACAAAUGAUCAGACCACCCAUGCUUUUUCUCCAUUUCUUGAUCUGAAGGCGUUUUAAUGCAAAAACAGAAAACGAAACGGGUGGUCUGAUAGUUGCUUUCAUGACUUUUUAUCUUGAAAUGUUACACCUACAUGCAUCUAAGUUUUUUCCUUAGUUUUUGCAACAUUUGCUUUAUUUUCGCAAUAGCUUCAUAAAACAGGUGCUUUAAAUACAUGUAGAUGCAAAUACAUGCAUUUGUGUAUAUUUUUCUGUCCGUUGGGGAAUAUUUUACCUAUUUCAACACUUAUCUUAGAAAAGAACACCUAAAAGACAUCUGACUGGGGAAUCCGAUCAGAAUGGAUACACGAUAAAUAUAUAAUAUAAAAAUAAUAUGCAUCUUGUGAAAUCUUGUUUUUAGAUUCAUUUUUAAAUGAAAAACAAACACAGCAUUUUAAAAAUCAUUUUAAUAGAAACUAUUUUCCAAACACAUCAGGCAGACCUCAUUAAAUGUGAUUCUCUAAGCGGUUUGUUGCAGAGCCAGCAGGUCAUUUUUCAGUCAACAUUUUCUCCAAAUGCUCUGAAAUCGUCAUUAGCUUUCAGCUCAUGGUGCAGUUUUCUGUAUAAUGCCAACAGUUCCAGUCUUGAAGAAUGCCACAGUAUUUGCUUUGACUAAUCUGUAUAAAUAUAAAUAAAUAUGAACAGACUUUCA